CCCGAGGGAAUGUUUUCUUACUUUGAAUACGGGCCCAUUUGGUAGAAGUGCACGAGGAGGGAUGAACGUCUGUAAGUAUUAUAACAUAAAGGGGACGUGGAAUAUUACGGAGAGACUGGGUAUAAACUACUAGACAUAAAUAAUGAUAUGCAUGUAAUCAUACUUUUGCCGCACAUCUGUCCACGGGAGGUACACAGUGUAUACUGCAUAAUACAGGCACGAAACGACAGGAUACCGCUCAUGAAAUGUAUAUAUCGGUCUGGACGAAUGCAGGAUGUAGAGAAAGUUAAAUGACAGGUAAGCAUUUUCUGCACAACAAGCAGCUAAUUGUAAAGAAUUAACGCAGGUUCUCAACAUUUUGAAUAUCUCCAAAAUGAGAUUGUUUUUAUUUAUAUAUACUUAGAACACUGGGAGCCUGUGAGAAUUAACUGAUUAAGUACGGAUGUACAGUGUAUGCUUGUCAUUAUUGACCGUUCGACAGACCUGACCAGUUUACUUCGUAGCUGCCGCAUACAUUAUGUUUCAGUGGAAUAUAAACCUGAUCUCAGUAAGGCGAAAACACCAUAUACACCAGACAAUGCAUCAGUGGUGAGGACCUCCAUGUUCUGAUCCGCAAAGUUCCCCCCUUCUUAGAUAUGGAUACUGAGGCCACAUCGUACCUUAUGCCGAAAAAUACAGAUCAUGUCCUCAAGGACGUGUACAUUCCAACACAUACCAGAGAUAGAAUUAAACAAUGCAUAACUGAUGCAUUAAAUCCGGCUAAGAAUAUCAAAGAUUCUAAUGGAUCACCCGGACAUGUGCUGUUAUACGGGGCACCGGGAACAGGAAAGACGUGCCUCACUAAUGCUAUUGCAUCUGAAUUUGGCGAAACGACAUGCUUCACUCUUUCGUUCUACGAAAUAAGAAACGAAAAAGUUCUAAACGAUGUCUUCACUCACGCGCGACAGAGCAAGCCUGCCAUCAUUUUCCUAGAUGACGUCGAAGUGUUUAGUAUUGCUGAAAAGGCCGAUGGAAAGAAAAUUAAAUCCGAAUUUCUGACUCAGCUGCAGGGUCCUGGUGUCAACAUUGAAGGUGUUGUAGUCGUCGGGAUGACCAAUAAACCCUGGAAAUUAGAUUUGGCUGUUCUCAGUUGUUUACCCCAUCGUUUUGAAAUCCCAUUGCCUGACGAGAACGACAGAUAUCGGGUGUUACGAACACAACUAAUGAAUACCAGGAACGAUAUUACAGACGAUGACUUAAGGGAAAUCGGAAAACAAACACACAGCUUCACCAGCUCUGAUAUCGUUAGUCUUGUUCGGGAUGCUUUGAUGGAACCAGUGAGAGAAAUACAAAGAGCUACACAUUACGUGAAAGUUGGAGGCACCGCAUCAUCCGAUUCACACGGAACAACUGACAAGUGGUCGCCAUGUUCAGCGGAAACUCCUGGUGGAGUAGCAAUGACUUAUUUAGAUAUGGAGGCAGACGACAUUCUAUUGCAAAAUGUUUCAAUGGACCACUUGCUAAACUGCCUGUCCACCUGCAAGCCAUCUGUUGAUGACGACUAUGUCAAUUUGCUCGCCAAAUUUACUAAAGAUAUUGGAACUCAGUCAAUGUAACCUCACGUGAUGUGAUAUGGACCUCCAUGUAGUAUCACAUAAUAUGAUCUGGAACUCCGGGUAGUGACGUAAUACGAUAUGAAACUCCGUGUAUUGACGUAAUGCGAUCUGGAACUCCGGGUAUUUACGUAAUACGAUAUAGACUCCCGUUUAAUAUCACGUAAUACGAUAUGGAACCCCGUGUAAUAUCAUGUAAUACAAUCUGGAACUCCGUGUAGUGACGUAAUACGAUCUGGAACUGGAAGUCAAUGGAACUUCAGCUAAUGCGAUCAGUCACCAGUACAUGGUGAGCAUAUGUGGUACUUAUACCAGAACUAACGAUGUAUUACCAACGGUACAAAAUGGAAUGUUUUAUUUUGGUAUUUUGUUUUAUAUGAACUGGAGUACAUCAAAUAGUGAACAAUAUGUGGCUCAUUACAGAAACUUCACCACUUAGUCACGGACGUUUGGCAUAUACAUUUUCUUGGCAAACAACUUUACUUACAUCGCCAUACCAGUCAGUCAUUAUUAGAGUCAGUGUAAGAGUACGUAAAUGAUAUAUGAUGUUAUUAAAUUCUUUGUAAUU